GACAUCAUUUCCUGAAAAACAAGGAAAAAAGCAAAAUACAAAAUAUUUAGAGAAAGAAGGAAGGCAAAUUGCUUGUCAUUUUCCAUUUUAUCUGAGCUCCGUCUUUGCAAAACAAAAUGACCAUCAUUAAGGUGUCGAAGGAUGGUAAAAUUAUUGGAAAGAAAAAGGUGGAUGAGACCGUAGUUCCUCUUGCUCCAGAAAGUAAUGAAACAACUGGUAGGACUUUACACAUCUCUUAUGUACCAAGUACAAAGUCAAAGCGCCUGGUGAAUGUUUUCCUCUUGAUAAUUGCCUUGUUGGUACUCAGUGCAGGAAUCAUUGGAGGGGUGUAUCUCUACAAGUAUAUGCAACACAGGCAUAAGGUGUCGAGAAUUUCGGUACAGUACCAAGAUGCUACUCAGCCAAAGGCUGAGCAGCAAACGGCAGCAAUGACGUACAUGACCAUGGAAGAAGACAUUGAUAUUCGCUUGGAUGAAGAGGUUGAGAGAAUUGAAGUUCCCAGAUUCGAUGAAUGCCGUCAGUCUGUCAUUCUACAUGAUUUCCACAUGAACUACACAGUGAUUGUUGACACCGAAGACCAGGAGUGUUUCAUCAUGGAUCUUGACAGGAAAGAAAUGAGCCCACCAAAGUCAUUUGCUGAGCUCAUCAGAAAAUAUGCCUCUGGCUACUACAUGCCACGUGUUGAUGUGGUAAGACGUGACUACCGUGUCAUAACACCGGCUCUGAAGGACCUCAGCUUUGCUGGUCCUGCAAUUGCCAUGGAAUGUGCACACUUUGAUUCAUACAAACUGGAAAAGAAGGAACCAAUACCUGUGAUUGAAUUCCACUUCAAGUACGUGAAGUCGUAUGGUUUCAGUAACCUCCAGAAAGUGAUCAAGGACCGCAUCUUUAAAUAGAUUUUCACGAAAUGAACAAUGUCCCACUGUUAUAAUAUUUCAUCUCAAGGUUUCCCGGAAACCUACUUUGUUAACAUUUUGUUUUUUAUGUAUAUGAUAUAUUGUGAUGCCUACUUUUCUAUAUGGAGAUACCAGACUGGUACAGGCUACUGAUACUCGGACACUAGGCCUUGUCAAUGUUAUACUGGGACACUAGGCCUUGUCAAUGUUAUACUGGGACACUAGGCCUUGUCAGUGUUAUACUGGGACACUAGGCCUUGUCAAUGUUCAUCACAAAGUGAAGCUCAAUAAAUAUUUCGGUUUGCUUAACAGAAUUUCAAGGAUAAAAAUCUGGCAUAAUAAUGCAAUCAAACAUGUUUAUAUCCUAUGUGUGGUGAGCUUCAACCAGUUUUGACACAUUUAACAUUGAUGAACUGUUUUUCAUGUAAAGUUUAUGUAUUAGUCAAUUUAGAAAAUGAAGGGAAAAAUGUAACAGUUUUAAGAUGUUGAAAAUAGUCACUGGUCAGCAUUAUCAAAAUACACAACCCACAGAAAAUUUUAUGUAUCCGCUUAAAGAAACAAAAUUUAUAUCCCAUAUUGGCAAGCAGCAAACACAUAAGUCAUUAAAGACUAGUAAACAUAGAUACCCUUUAUUCUGAUUAUAAUGAUGUAAUUGUUAAAAAGAACUUGCUUUUUUCUGGACCCAAGAUAAUUGUUGAUAAUUUGACUGAAAAAGGUUCUUGGGUGAUCAGUGUUUUUCACUUGCUUACAGUAGUGAAAAGGGAACAAUAACCAAUUAAUUAUCCUGUAUAAAAUAAAUAGGUAUAUGUGUGACUUGUAAGUAGCAACUAUGUUUUGAAGUUUUUAAUUCUGAAUAUAGCUUAUACAUUUGAAGUAAGCAAAUCCUUUCAAAUACUGCAUCCAAUUCAUAUUUCUUGUCUGUUACAAUUGUGCCAAGAUUAAAGGCAUUAUGUGUAUAAAAGGACUUAACUCAGAAGUAGAACAGUGCCUGCCUAGGAUCAGUGACUGUGCUCCUUAAAUCUGUGUUAUUAUUUAGUUCUUUUUCAUACCAUAUUUUUAAUUAUCAUAUUCAAGUUUAUGUAUCAUGUAAAUUCAUAGUUUAAAGGGGACCAGAAUCAGUUUCCCAGUUUUAUCUGAAAUUGGAGAUUAAAAAAUACUGAAAAGUCACAUUAUGUAUUAGAUGUUUUUUAUUAAUGCAAUUGUAACUAUUAAAUUCAUCUGUUUUGUGAGAAAACUUCCAUAUUUGCAGUAAUUGUUCCAUUGACUUCCCAAGAAAAUAUGUUAAUUAGGAAUAUGUUUGUUAACCUUUGUAAACAAACAGCAUGUGAACAAGAUGUAAGUUUAUCUGAACUGUUUAAUAUAGGGAUAAGGAUUUUAAGGGGGAAUUUCUUUCCAUAGCAGAGAAGUAUAAAGAAUUAGAAAUAAAGCAAUUCUGGUUCCCUGCUUGUAAAUAUAUUCAUUAUAUCCAUAAUAUUUUUAUUUAGAUGUUGUAAUUUUAACAAAUAUACUCAGCUUAACACGUGCACAGAAGAUAAUGAGAACUUAAACUUAUUUUAUGUGGCAUAAAACCGAUGCUUAUUUUUAAUACUUACAUGUUAAUCUUCAAACACAUUUUUGCUAAAACCAGUAUAGUAACGUUCACUUACUGGUACUGAUGAUAAACUCGAACAGAAAAUAAGGUUUUUUACUUGUAACUUUUUUAUUUCUGCAAAUUGUUAUCAGUGGUUGGUAUCAAAAUAAAGCUUAGCUCUUACUGAAUAAUUGACAUAAUUUAAAUUUAUAUUUAGUAAGCAAACUCACAAGAAGUGAGGCCCUGAAAGGGGUAUGUAAAAUGGGGACUGUAGGAAUGUUGACUGAUGAUAAAUUCGACCACUUUGUCAUUAAAAAAAAUUCUCCAAAGUAUUAUAUUGAAACUUUCCCAAAAAUGUUACAACAGUCAUUCCCGCUAAAGUAAUGAAAAGUGACCAAAUGUCAGGCCUUCAUGUGUUGACAGUGAGCAUGCGCAAAAAACAUCCUCUUCCCGGGUAUUUUUGGAUAAAUAUUUUUUAAACAGACAAAUAUAAGUCAUUUAUUUAUACAGAAUAUUUACCAAUUUUGUUUUUGUUUACACCAGUUGGUGUUGUAAGUGGUUGCUAUUAGACGGCAUGUUCAAUUAUAUAAAUAACCGAUUGCAAUUGAAUAAUGUGAAGGUGGUCGACUUUAUCAUCUGUUCGACUUUAUCAUCAGUACCAGUAGCAAUUUAUGAAGAAAUAAAGAAGUAACUUGAAUUUUUUUUCUGUAUGAUUGUCAGAAUGACUUGGCACAAUUUGGUUCUUAUGUAAGCUAGAUGAUAGUUAUCAUUGUUACUUUAUAUAAAAUCAAGAGAAAAGUAUGUAAUAGGAUAUUUUUCAUUGUGUAAUAAGUACUACAACAUUAUACCUUGAAACCUCAAUAACUAUACAUAAUGACACAUGAAUACUCAUGUAUACCAAGCAGGUCAAAACAAGUAGUAAAAAAUAGAUCGUAGACUGUGCAGGUGUUAAGCUGUACCAGCAGUAUGUAAAUAUACUUUGUUUUUGUUAGAGUUACUUCAUAUUCAUAUUAAUGGUCAUGUAAAUACAUUUUCUUUUCAUAUCUGUCAGGUAUUGAUGAUUAGAUUUUUCAAAAAUCUUUUAAAAGUUUGAACAUAUUUUAAGCAGUGUGUUUUAAGGUGAAUGUAUCUUUUUUCUUGACUUGGUUAGCUAUAUGUUAAUGACUUAAGUUUUUAUAAGGAGUAUUAAGGACAGUUAGCAAAAAAAUUUAAUAACUUGAACAUCCAUUCAAACAUAGUUUAAGCCUGUUAAUGAAGCAUUAUAUUUUAUUUAUUUUUUUCUAAACUUACUUAUUUUAUUUUGUGUCUUUAAUUUUGAACAGAUGAAAACAAUAAGUUUUUUAUACAGUUUUAGUGAGUUGUAGACCAUUACAUUUUCCACAGUAUUGAAUAUUUGUUUAAUGUAUAGCAGUAAAAUAACUACAGUAUUUGUCUGAAGUGAAAGUUUCUACCACCAGGCAUGUUUUGAUAUAUGUUCAACAGUUUUUUUUUUUAUUAAUUAGUGUUUAAAAGUUUACGUUGGCUGUUUUUUACAGAUUCAAAAUCUGAGAGAUGCUUCCUUUUUGUCCAACAAAAGUCAGAUUGUAUAUUUCAUGUUUUAUAAUAGAAUCACCAAAUAAAACUAUUCCGUAAUUCUUAAAA